UCAUUCGCGCCGCAGCCACAAACGCCGUGCUGACUAGCGCCAACCGCUCCCGCAGGAAACACGGACGGGGCCAGGAGCGAGCCAGAGCUGCCGCGCAAAGCCUCCCCGCGGUGCGGACUCCCUCCCUUUGUGCCGCGGCCGCGCAGCGUCGGCUCCCGGUGCGGGGGAUGCGCCGCACUGCGCAUGAUCGGGAGGCGGCGGAAGGGCCCGUGAGGAGCCGGGAGCUGCCGCCGCCGGAGGAAGCCGUUGCCGCCGCCGCCCUCAGUCUCCGCCUGAGCCGUGAGGGAAGAGGUCUGCACAGCUCUCAACAUGAACAAGUUGAAAUCGUCACAGAAGGAUAAAGUGCGUCAGUUUAUGGUCUUCACACAAUCUAGUGAAAAGACAGCGGUGAGUUGUCUGUCUCAAAAUGACUGGAAGUUAGAUGUUGCAACAGACAACUUUUUCCAAAAUCCUGAACUUUAUAUACGAGAGAGUGUUAAAGGAUCAUUGGACAGAAAGAAGCUAGAACAGCUAUAUAACAGAUACAAAGAUCCUCAAGAUGAAAAUAAAAUUGGUAUAGAUGGUAUACAGCAGUUUUGUGAUGAUCUAGCUCUUGACCCAGCCAGCAUUACUGUACUCAUCAUUGCAUGGAAAUUCCGAGCUGCAACACAGUGUGAAUUUUCAAAGGUGGAAUUCAUGGAUGGAAUGACUGAGCUAGGAUGUGACAGCAUAGAAAAACUGAAGGCCCAGAUUCCAAAAAUGGAACAAGAAUUAAAAGAGCCAGGAAGAUUUAAGGAUUUUUAUCAAUUUACUUUCAACUUUGCAAAGAAUCCGGGGCAGAAAGGUUUAGAUUUAGAAAUGGCCAUUGCCUACUGGAAUCUAGUACUUAAUGGAAGAUUUAAAUUUCUAGACUUGUGGAACAAAUUUUUGUUGGAACAUCAUAAAAGAUCAAUUCCUAAGGAUACCUGGAACCUUCUUCUAGACUUUAGUACAAUGAUAGCAGAUGAUAUGUCUAACUAUGAUGAGGAAGGGGCAUGGCCAGUGCUUAUUGAUGACUUUGUGGAAUUUGCACGCCCUCAAAUUGCUGGGACAAAAAGUACGACAGUGUAGCACUAAAGGACCCUUCUAGAGUGUACAUAGUCUGUACAAAUACCUGAAAUGGAAAAUUGCACAGUCAAUUUCUGCUGGCUGGACUGAACUGAAGAUCAAUCCUCACAAUAUGGCUGAGGGUUGAGACAAACCUUUAAGGAUACAUCUUGGACCAUAUCAUAUUUCAUUCUUCUACCGGUGGUUUGGGCUUUUCUUCUAGUCUGGACCACUCUUGCCCAUUGAAAUUCCAACAUUGUGGAUUUCAUCAUGGAUUUUUUUUUUUUGGUGGGUUUUGUUUUGUGGGUUUUUGUUUUUUUUUUUUUUUUGGUGGACCGCCCUGGUUUCAUCUCCCAUAAAUCCUAGAAGCUUUAUAAUUAUUUUGAGGUUUCUGGUUUCACAUAAAGCACAAUGCUGGUCAUGAUCAGGCAACUGUUGUAAGGCAUCUGAAUUAUACAGACCAACAUCAAAACAAUUUUUAAAAGCAUCCUUAAAUAUACACUUGGGGCUAGUUGCAAAGACUUAUUUGAUAGCACUUCCUGUAAGAGUGAUAUAUUUAAGUGUACUGGGUCCGAUAACUUUUUUUUUCUGUUCUGGAAAAGUACAGGUAUCGUCUAAGUGAGUUUUGAGUAUUUGAUAAAAAGAAUUACAGAAAUAACCAAGAAAACCCAAGGUUGCUGAUACUGGGGUAUCUAGGUGCCUAUUUGAAUGGUUUGAUUGUACAUCAGCUGACUAUGAGAACAGUUGAAGUACGACUCAACUACUGUGCACUUAAAGCACCCGUGUUUAAUGUUAUAGUCAGCCUUCAGUGAGUGUCAUUGAGAUAAACUGUGUGUGUCCUGAUAGAAUCUAAUAUUCUCUAGGUUAUUAUCUAAGAAAUCAGAUUUCAUUACAGUUUUGAAAUGCUUAUCUGUCUGUCAAAGAAAGGUUUUUCAUUUCUGUGGAAAUCUUAAAACUUGAAUAUACUGAAUUUGUGUCUUAAAUGUUUGCUGCACAAUACAGUAUUUUAAAUUGAGACAUGUAGUUUUUAUGGUUGAGGUAUGAUGAAACAAAUGGCCCUAUUGUUACAAGAAGCUGGCGAGUUUGAUGUGAAUCUAGGUUUCAAAUCCAUUAUCCUGAGAAGUUAAUAACAGAGGUACUGCCAUUAUGGAUGAUAUCCUUUUCCUUAUUUUUUUUUUUAUUUUUUUAUUUUGUUGAGUUUUCCUUAAAUUGACUUAUCACUAUGGUUGCCAAAUACAGAAAUUGGGAGUCAGACUUUCCCAAACAAGCACAGAUCAGAUAGAUAUAAAAUACUAUACUGGCUUUGUUUGCUUAAAUUAUUUUGCUGAUCAUCCUACUUCUUAUUUUCUUGUCACAUUUAACUAAAUCAAGUUAAUUUUUUUUCAAAACAGGUUUUAUCAGCUGCCAUUCUUUAUUUUUAAUAUUACAAGAACUUGAGAACUCGUUUUGUGCUAAACAUGGUCUUUUACUCCUCACUUAGUUACUUGUGAAGAUAUUUGAGAAAUACUGGUAUGUACAACAAGCUGGAAAAGAACAGGUGCCAGGAGAAGACAGGCUGUCAUUACAAGUAAGGAUAGACAAGUUUAAGUCCGUGCUCUAAACAGUCCCAUGACAAGGCCAGAAUUAUAUUUGAAAUGAGUAAUUGGCACUUGCACUGAACAGCAGAAUGCUUUUAUGCAGAUAUUAAACUGCUAAAAGAAUAUUUGUAUUCUGUGGAGUAUAAGGUGAACUCCCAUUGCAGCAGUGCCCUGUUAAGAAAAUACAGUUGUGCAUUUAUUUCAAGAAUACUGUUCCACAAAAACAUUGCAAACAUUCUCCAGCUACUGGAACUGGCUAUGCCAAAAAUUGUGUGUUUUGCUGCUUUCAGUAUUUCCUUUCUCAAUUUUGUGUAAAUAUAAAUGGGGACUUGAA